UUUCGCCGCCUUGGUCGCUUCAGACGCGUCAGUUCCUGAAGAGAGUCACUGAAGACUGAACGGGAAAGUGAGAAGGAUCAAGACCCCCAGAGAUCCCAGGCUCGGUGGCUACAUGCUCAGUUCUCUUUGCCUUUGAGAGGAACAACUAUACGAAUCAGCAGGAACCAUGGAUUUUGUAAUGAAACAAGCUUUAGGUGGGGCCACCAAAGACAUGGGUAAGAUGCUGGGUGGGGAGGAGGAGAAGGACCCGGAUGCAGCCAAGAAGGAGGAGGAGCGGCAGGAGGCACUGAGGCAACAAGAGGAGGAGAGGAAGGCCAAACACGCCCGCAUGGAGGCAGAGAGGGAAAAAGUACGGCAGACCAUCAGGGACAAGUACGGGCUGAAGAAGAAGGAGGAGAAAGAGGCUGAGGAGAAGGCGGCCAUGGAGCAGGCCUGUGAGGGGUCACUGACACGCCCGAAGAAGGCGAUCCCGCGGGGGUGUGGAGACGACGACGAAGAGGACGAGGAGAGCAUCCUCGACACUGUCCUCAAGUUUCUGCCAGGACCUCUACAGGACAUGUUCAAGAAGUAA